UGUCGGAAGUGUUUAUGUGUUACACGUGCGUCCAGUAAGGCUUUACAAUGGCGGAGAGUUCGGAUUUGGAUAAAGCCUCCUGUUUUAUGGAUCCACUCAAAGGCGUCUUGUUGGCUUAUAUUAUGCCAGAGUCAUGUUACGACGAGUUUUUUCUUAAUUUCAAUUUUUUAGACGUGCCAUGUCUGAAGAUUGUGCUAAGCAAAGGUCUGGGGAUUGGCAUCAUUCUGGGAUCUGUGCUGGUGAAGAUGCCUCAGAUCAUCAAGCUGAUGGGAGCAAAGAGUGCAGAGGGACUCAACUUCAGUUCUGUGGUGCUGGAACUGUUGGCGAUCACAGGAACAAUGAGCUACAGUAUAGCAAAAAGCUUCCCCUUUAGUGCUUGGGGCGAGGCUCUUUUCCUCAUGUUGCAAACUGUGAUCAUUGGGUUCCUUAUCCAGCACUAUGGACAAAGAACUUUCCAAGGACUUCUGUUUGUGGUUUUAUAUUUUGGGCUGUUGGUCAUCUUGCUGUCUCCACUUACUCCCUUGUCGGUGGUUACGAUGAUGCAAGCCUUCAAUAUGCCAGCCAUCGUCAUCAGCAGGUUGAUGCAGGCGGCCACAAAUUUCUGGAAUGGACAUACGGGCCAGCUGUCUGCAGUGUCCUCCUUCCUGCUAUUUGCAGGAGCUCUCGCUCGCAUAUUCACUUCACUACAGGAAACUGGCGACUCGCUGAUGGCCCUCACCUACGUCAUAUCUUCUGCCUGUAACGGCAUCAUCGCUUUCCAGGUCGUCUACUACUGGAACAGCUCCCCAGAAUUAAAGAAGAAGAAGAAGAAGAAGAAGAGCGAGUAGGCUGGAAACAGCCCCAGAAUUAAAAUAAUAAGAAGUAGCUCUCUGCAACAUAUUCUGAGAGAUCAAGAAAUGUCUUUGGAACAAAUUUACACUUAAGUUACAAGUAUAAAGACUUGAGAAAGUUGAAAGAAUGAAUUUGCUGGAUGGAAAAAAGACUUAACCUCAAAUAUCAAACAGGCUUCAAAUUCUUUGAAGCCUGACAAUUUCUUUCUUUCUUUGGUUUCAGUGUCUUCAGAUGAGGAGAGUUAUGGGUCCAAACUUUUAUUUUAUCUUUUUUUUUCUUUUGUAUUUUCCUUAAUUUUUUUUUCUUAAUUUAGAGGAAUAAACUGGUAUUUUGCAAUAUUUG